CUUCGGACAUUUUCCUCAGCGCAUCCUCCUCACCUGUUCGCCACCCAGGCGACAGUCCCCUGGAUUCUGACUCUCCCUUCACGUCCCCCUCCUCCCUUCUGCCCCUUCAUUCGCGGAACACGUGCAAACGUCCUGCUUCACUUGACAACUACUCUGCAAAUAUCCUCAAUCGUGAUAGGGACGAUGGCGAGGAUGAUUAUGAGGAUGAUGAGGAUGAUAACGAGGACGGAGAGACCGUCGCUAAUGACUUGGCUGCAUUUCCUGGCAUUGGUAACCGCCGCUUCUAUCAUCCACGCUUCCACUCUCCCUCGCUGUCGCACCAGCCCUCAGGCCGUCCUCGUCCCACAGCAACUCCCGCGGCCUCUUGCCGCUCCUCGCCGCGAGGCCCCUUCCGUGGUCUGUUUGACAUGAAAACAACUUUGCAUGAAAAUGGCGGCGAUACCGCAUCAGGCUCCUCCUCAUCGCCGCCUCCGCCGUUUGGUGGAGCCUGCGAUGAGGUCUUUUGCUUCUCUCCCCCAAAAUCCUGUCCUACGGCCGACCAGCAUCUGCAGCCCAGGAGGACGGAACACCACAGGAUCCCCUGCGAAGAAGCAGAACACCGGCAACAGCAACUGAAUGAUGCUGACGAUGAGAUCGCCAAGGCCGCGGCGGCCCUCUUGCAGGACACAAGCGCCGCCGCGACCCCUGGCGUUGCGGAGACUGUGACAGGCCUCAGGUCGCCGAAGCCGCUUGGUAACGUUCCCUCCCGACCUCCCCGUCAUAUGUCUUCAUUUCCGCCAGUGCUAUCCUUGCGCUACGGGAUUCAGGGCUCCGGGCACCAUCGCGGGCUUGAUUUGGAUGCUUUUCUGGCGCACUGA